AUGGAAGACUCUUUAGGUUCGGAGCCGGUUAGCGAAUCGCGAAGUGUGUUUUCGUCACCAGGCUACACCUACUUCAUCUGGUUUUUGAUCGGAUGCAUGGCACACUUCGGCCUGCAGCUGUUUGUGCUAUCUUGCAGCAUUUUUACAGACGUACUGGAAGUCCCGAGUAAUUACUGUGGGACUUUUCUGGCUAAUAUGGUGGCGCUCGCCAUAAUAAGCUGUUACCUAGGAUUCGUAGUCUCACACGUCCUCUUCCCUCUUAAAAAGGUAACCCUAGAGUUCAGCUUCAUCAUAACUUCGGUCUCUCUAGUGCUCCUGUGUCUAGUAAACAUAACUGACAAAAAAAUAGGAAGAGUGGUGUACAUAUUGGCCAUGUUCGUAGGGUGCUUCUGCUUCGGAGUAAUGGAGUCAGUGGGCAUAACCACAGCCAGCGACCCAACUCUCCAAGGAAGACCGCCGAAAAGAGUGGUGUUUUUCCUCUGCGGUCAUCCAAUAGGGUACGCGCUGGCACUGUUGAUCCACCUGGUGAUAGAGAACAGCUACUUCGCAUUCUACAUCAACUCGUGUGGGUACACGGGAGCAAUUUACAGCUGCUACGGAAUACUGGUCAUGGUGCUCCUGGGAGUGCCGGUAAUACUGUUCGUGAUAAUGCACCUGUACCCAAUGAAAUCCAAAAGGAACCUGUGGCAGGAUUCUAACAUCAUCAACUCGACGAUUUACUACGCAGAGGCACUGAGACUGCUGAAGAAAUACACACAUUACAUAGUGAUCCUGGUGGUGAUUGAGGCGACGGAAGUUAUUCUAAACUGGAGAAUAGGUAAAAGCAGUAGUUACUUAAGAAUAAAUGAGGUGUUGAUUAAAUUGCGUUCAGUGCUAUUCCUACACGACCCGUACCCGAAGUUUGACUCGAUAGUCUGCUCACUGUCGAUAGUGAUGGGAUACGCAAUCUUCGACUUCGUAGGAAGAGGGUUCGCAAUCGGAGUGAGAAGAAUGGUGUCAGAUUUGAAGGACAGAAACAGGAUAAUGCUCAAUAUUUCAAAGACGGAAGAGCAGGAAAAGGGAGAAAAGAGUACAGAAGAGGAGACAACUGGAAAGAAUAGUCGUCCAGAACCAAUGAGAAGUGAAGCAACUACUCCAGGAAUGCCGAUAAAUGAAGAAACUACUCCAGAAGUGCCUAUAAAUGGAGAGCAAACUCCAGAAGGGCUUAGAAAUAAGGAAAAAGGGCCAAAACAAAAGGGUGAAAAGGAGGUAAAGGCAUCGAAAAAAAAAGGAAAAAAGGAAAAAACUCCAGAGGAAAUGGAAAAGGGAAUGGAUGAUCAGUUGGAUCAGGACCCGGAACUGAGGAGCAACCUUAGGUUGGGACUGUACACGAAUUUCCUGCCAUUCACAUGGCUGCCGAUCACGUUCAGGAUAAUCACGGGGGUGGUAAUAUUUAUGCAGAGGCACCACCCGGAGAGCCUGGCGCUGGCAAAUUACACGAACCUGCAGGGCACACUCAUGCUCACGAUGAUCAACGCGUUCAUCAGAGGAGUGGUCCUGAGUUACGUGUACUCGAACCUGUUUGAGUCGUCGAGAGCAGAGUACCUGAGGGAACAUAACGUGACAGUGCACGCAGUGAAGGGCGAGGCCAAGGAGUGCGUUGACAUGAGGUACACGGCAAACGCCGCGGGCUCGAUCAUGGUCUCGAUCGUGCGCAUGAUUGACCUGUCAGUGAUGCUGGUUCUGGCCUACGUCUUCUACAAGUACAACAGACUCCUCUUCGACGUCAGCGAGGUCUACAUUGAGAGGAGCGUGUGGGCGACGGACCACCUGAGCAGCGACUUCUACAAAUUCUUCUGGUGGCAUACUCUACCUGAUCUGGAGAGACAUGAGAACCCCGUUUGUGUGGAGGCCGAGAGAGUGAGGGAAUCGCCGCCGAAAGCAGCAGCACUGUAG